AUGGAAACUAAAUGCAAAAGAAAUGGUUGUAAGAAGGCUUACAACGAAAAUGAAAAUAAUGAUCAAGCAUGCAAACAUCAUCCUGGAAAACCCAUCUUUUCAGAUCUCAAAAAAGGAUGGACAUGUUGUAAUAAAAUAGUCUAUGAUUGGGAUGAGUUUAUGAAAAUAGAGCCAUGUGCAGUAGGAAGACAUACAAAUGUAGAAGCCACUGAAGGAGGUGAAUUUUAUUAGUCAAAGACUGUAUAAAAUGCAUAAAAAGGUAUUAUUGUAAUUUCUAGAAUAUUAGGAAUUGAUAACUUUGCUGACAGCUCUCCACAACCUGUUCGAAAAAUAGAUGACUAUAAUAGAGAAGAAGCUGAAAAGAAGAAGUUGUUAGAAUAAUAAUAAGGUUUGUAUAUCCAUCUAAUGUUUAAUUAGCUUAAGUGUAAAAAUAAAUAUUUGUAACUCCAACAGGCAAAUAUAAAUGCACCAAUAAGGGAUGUUUAAAAGAGUAUGAUCCAAAAGAAAAUACUGAAUGCUUUUAUCAUCCAGGGGAACCUUGUUUCCAUGAUCUUAAGAAAUUUUGGACAUGUUGCAGAGUAGUUUAAUUCAUUUAUUAAGGUUGAAAAAUAUGAUUGGGAUGAAUUCAUGAAAAUACCAACUUGUGCUAAAGGGUCACAUACACCCAAAGUAGUUUGAAAAUACAUAUUAAAUUAUCA